CGUUUCCGUUCGUUUGUUGUCUAAUUUCGUUUGGUUUCAGUUGCGUGUGAUUCGUGCAUUCCGCUCGACACUGGAAGAUCUAAACGAACGUCGCUCAAUGCACAGUUUGCAUAGCUUGCGUAGCCCUCGGACAGGCAUUCCCACUGGCAGUGGUGUGCACCCGCUGUACAAUUUAAAUCUAUUGAGCCCCAAUUACAGCAGCAAACAUCCGCAGCAGCAGCACCACCACCAGCAGCAACAACCUCAGCAGCAUGUAACCAAUGCAACUCUGCCUUCCGAUAUAUCUUACAUUGACGAAGAUCCACAGCAGCAGCAGCAGCGCAUAUUGCAAAAUGGAUCAACAUCAACGUCUGACACACAUCAAUCGCAGUUACCAUUUACUCACUCAUCUGCUCGCCCAACUGGCAGUGGCUUUUCUGAAGCUGUCCAAAGCCUGCAGGCUAAAAAUGGGCAGAACGAAACCCGAAUUUAAGUCGCUUCGCGAACCUUUACCAAAAACGACAAC